AUGGACAAGGAGAAAGAUAGGCCAGAUGCCGGGCUAAGGGAUCUCGAUCAUUACAAGAUCAAGUUACCGAAAUGGCGAUACUCCCUACGAGAGCAAUUGCUCCCGAUCGUGCGGUGGGAGACCCCUUACGUAGCAUGGCUGCAAGAGAGUCUAAGGACGCCGGCAUUGGACACAUACUUUGCAUUUUCUGCGAACCUGGGAACACAUACCGCGUUUAUGGUGUUGUUGCCAAUUCUAUUCUGGUGCGGACAUACAAGCGUUGGUAGAGGAAUGGUGCAUGUCCUGGCUGCUGGCGUCUUUUUCACCGGUUUCAUCAAGGAUAUGCUAUGUCUGCCCAGGCCAUUAUCACCACCCUUACAGCGGAUCACCAUGUCGGGUUCUGCGGCCCUCGAGUACGGCUUUCCCUCGACCCAUUCGACAAACUCCGUCUCGGUCGCGAUAUACUCGCUUUAUCUACUUCAUGGCAACGACCAGAUGAAUCCGAACACCAAACUUGGAUUGCAGAUCCUGUUUUAUCUAUACGCGUUUUCUAUAGUGCUGGGCCGGCUCUACUGUGGGAUGCAUGGCUUUUUCGACGUUGUCUGGGGUACUUUUAUCGGCGCAGUGCUAGCCUGGGUACAAUGCCGUUGGGGUGAGAGCUUUGACGAGUGGCUGCACACAGGCGAUAUCCAGCGGCUUUUUUUCGUCAUUCUCGUUGUGCUGGUCUUGGUACGAAUCCAUCCCGAACCUGCCGAUGACUGUCCUUGCUUUGACGACAGUGUCUCGUUUGCCGGUGUAUUCAUCGGCUGCCAAUAUGGUGUGUGGCACUUUGCGCAAACCUCCUACGCAUGGGCAGAGCCAAGUCCCGGUACGGUACCGUUUGAUCUAACCAAGAUGGGCUGGGGAGUGGUCGUGAUGCGCAUCGGACUGGGCGUCCUGACCAUCUUUGCGUGGAGAGGAAUCAUGAAACCAACACUCCUGAGGAUCUUUCCUCCUAUUUUCCGUGUCAUCGAGCACUUGGGUCUUACCCUACCAAGAAGGUUCUUCAAGCCCGCUUCGGAAUAUGAAAAGGUGCCCAAGCAACGGAAUGACGACAACGUUAUUCCUCCCGCCAGGGAUAUUCCUCAUCUGUUGUCUUCAUUUAGAAGGAGGAGGGCAAUUUCAGUCGGUCCCCAAUCAGAAGCCGACGCAUAUGAGGCAUUGGCGUACCGGAACAAAAGGAGGAGAGACAGUCGCAUUCUCGAAGGCCCGCCUAGUCCGGCUACACAGGCGUCGCCCGAGCCGAACUCCUUCCAGGAUGAUAAUCCAGCGCAGAAAAGUUCUCCUGCAUCCGGCAGGCAGCGGUCGAGUAGUCUCGAGACAUUUCGAGCCCAGAUGGGUGCUGGUGUGGAUCAGCUGUCUCCCAUGUUAUUGACAACGCCCGGUGGUCACGGGUCACCUAGCCCCCAGGAGGUGCAAGCUAUGGAUCUCCUGCAAGAGAGGCGGCUCUUCGCAAGUAUCCAGAGGCCAAGAGUACGAUAUGAUGUUGAGGUGGUAACGAAGCUGAUUGUUUAUUCGGGGAUUGCCUGGUUGUCCGUUGAAGGCAACCCUAUCUUAUUCAAGCAUUUGGGUCUGGCGGUUGACUAG